AUGUCCAUCAAUCUCUCUCUGUACCUGGUGACGGACUCGACCCCUGCCAUUCUCAAGGGGCGAGAUCUCUGCACCGUGGUAGAGGAGGCGCUAAAAGGGGGAGUCUCUAUUGUCCAGUACAGAGACAAAACCAACGACACUGGCGUCCUCGUGGAGACAGCCAAGAAGCUGCACGCCAUCACACAACGCUAUAAUGUGCCCUUGAUCAUCAAUGACCGCGUCGACGUUGCCAUUGCAUCAGGGGCGGAGGGCGUGCAUCUCGGCCAGGAUGACAUGGAUAUCGAAGCUGCCAAGAAACUGCUGCCCGGAAAUGCCAUCAUCGGCAUCAGUGUCUCGUCGGUAGAGGAGGCUCGGAGGGCAGUUGAGCAGGGGGCCGACUACUUGGGGAUCGGCACGAUGUUUGCAACCCCAACCAAAACGAACACCAAGAAUAUAAUCGGGACCGCCGGCACCAAGAAGAUCCUGGAGGCUAUUGGAGACAUGGAUCGCAAGGUUGGAGCCGUUUCAAUUGGAGGAAUCAAUCUGUCCAAUGUCCAGCGCGUCAUUUUCCAGUCGCAGGCCUCCAACAAAGGCCUGGAUGGCGUUGCCGUCGUGAGCGCUAUUAUGGGGGCAGAUGAUCCUAAGUCCGCCGCCCAAGAAUUUGUCAAGCGCAUCAGCACCCUUCCUCCGUUUGCGGUCCUCCCUCCUGCUCCACGCCCGAACGAGGUGGAUGCCUUGUUAAGCGAAGUGCCAACAGUGGUGCAAGAAAUGGUCUCCGCGCAUCCGCUCGUACACAGCAUGAUCAAUUUCGUCGUCGCCAAUUUCGCUGCCAACGUCGCUCUGGCAAUCGGCUCAUCCCCGAUAAUGUCUCCUUAUGGUGACGAGGCUGCUGAUCUGGCUGUGCACGGCGGUGGUCUUCUCAUCAACAUGGGCACGCUCAACGGCGAGAGUGUCUCCAACUACCUCAAGGCCAUCCAGGCGUACAACGCGCGCGGAAACCCCGUCGUGUACGAUCCCGUGGGAGCAGCAGCUACUGAGAUCCGUCGAGCAGCAGUGAAACAGCUGAUGGCGGGCGGAUACUUUGACCUGAUCAAGGGCAACGAAGGUGAAAUCAGAGAAGUGUUUGGCAACAGCGCUGGCAGACAGCGUGGUGUCGACAGCGGACCAAGCACGCUCAACAACCGCGAGAAAGCGGCUCUGGCGCGGGACCUGGCCCGUAGAGAGCGCAACAUUGUCCUGUUGACAGGUGCUGUGGACUAUAUCAGCGACGGGAACCGGGUGAUCGCGAUAGGCAACGGCCAUGAAUUCCUGGGCCAAGUCACUGGCACCGGAUGCGCCCUCGGCACCGUCUCCGGCGCCUUCCUGACCGUCCACCGGACCGACAAACUCCUCGCCGUCCUCUCUGGCGUGCUGAUGUUCGAGAUCGCCGCCGAGAACGCUGCCGCCGCGGAGGAUCGAGUCCGUGGUCCGGGAAGCUUCGUCCCAGCCUUCCUCGACGAGCUGUACGCGAUCCGGGAAGCAGCUCGAAAGGGGGACAACAGUUGGUUCACAGGACGUGCAAAGAUCCAGGAGAUUCACCUCUAA